AUGGCCAGUAUAUUACUACACAUCGUGAGGGGAGUACUGCCUCGCCCACCUCUCCUGACACUGCCUUACUGCUUCCACUCUAACCAAGUGAACAAUGUUACUAUAAUCUUAGUAAAAAUACGUAACAGCGGCUGACGCAGCGUGAAAGCUGUUGUGAUAUGAAUGUGUCUCACUUUAUAAUGAGUUUCUCUCGGUUGUAAAUAAGAAAAUCACUACAUAUGAAAGCCUUAAUAUUUGAAGGUAAAAAAAGCAAAAGACCUAAACUAGAUGGGUCAGUUUGCCGUGCACUCCAGCAGCUAAGAGGAGCUGUUGAGAAGGAGUCGAUGGCCCCUUCAGUGGGAUGUGGGCGUGACAGUGGUGGGGGCACGCGAGGAGGACGAGCCCUAGUGGCACGCCUCCCAUACACACACCACAAGCAGCUCUUCACCCUCGCCGACCUCCUUGAUGGCUGCCCCAAGGCUGACCCAUAUGUGUACCAAGAUGCCAAAGUCAAAAGUUUAUCCAAAUGCCGGGGGUGUGACAGCUUCACCAUUUGCAGUUUGCUGUUUGGUUAUGAGGAGCAGGAAAACUCUAUAGAUAUAGAGAACUUCACACCAACAGCACUGCAUGUAGCGUGUCUGCUGCCACAGCCUGGGCCCCUGGUGAGCAAGCUGGUUGUGUCAAGUACUGCUGUGAAUGAACCAAACUUGCUGGGUCAGACACCACUCCAUGCUCUCCUCUUGGGUGAUGUGCGGAGCAGCAGUGUGGUGGAGGCACUGAGAACCUUGGUGGCGCAUGGUGCUGAUGUAAACUGUAAAGAUCAUGCAGGAGAAACGCCACUACACUCCGUGCGCAACUUGCUGAGGCAGGGCCUCUAUGACCGGGCUGCAUAUGUCGCUCACAUACUCCUCCAGGCUGGUGCACAAGUCGAUGCUGCCAACAAUGAGGGUCGAACACUUCUUACAUAUAGUGUAGAGUACCUAGACGACUCCUUGCCUCUCACACGGACCUUGUUAAAUCAUGGGGCGUCUGUGUGGGGUGCUGCUGAUGGUAGCGACAAAGACCAAAGCAUCUUUACCUGGUUCCUUAAGGCUGUGAUCACACACCGCAGAUUAGAGAACUGUUCCUACACAGUCUCGAUUCUUUCACACAUGAUGGCGGACAACCCCAGAAGAAUGUAUCAGCAUGUUCUGAGAACAAUGUUCAGACAAUCUAGAUGUUAUAAGGUACUGGGACCGGUGUUCCUAGAGUUGAAGACACUCAUGAUGCCCCAUUGGACACAGCCAGCGACGCUUGCUUCACUCUGCUGGCGCACUGUCCGCAACUCACUCACACCAAAGAGAAUACACUCAGGAACUCCCCAACUGGGUCUUCCUCCACCACUAGAAUCAUAUAUUCUCCUUGGAGAGCCUACCAGUAGUCAUUCCUAGUCCUAGAGGACUUUUCUUUUUUUUCCAAAGGAAAAACCUUUAGUAACAGUUCUGAUGUAUAUGAGUAAAUAUUUGUUAUGGAUGAAAUAUAUCAUAGCAGGUUUUAAAAUGGAGAGUGAAUGUGAUAAUCUCCCGAUGUACGAGGACAUACAGAGAUAUUCAUUAGUCUCGGCUUAGAAGGUUAUACAGUACAGAGAGAACAAAGGUUUUCUUGCUAUGGUCACUCACACAAUUGUCAGUAUAUAUGUAAUUUGUGUAUAUAAUGGAUUCUCAUUCAACUGAAUGUACUUGUGAUCAAUAUUUUGUUCAUUAUUGCUAUGUAUGAAUGUCUCGACUUUAAAAUCUUUCGUGUCAGCAAGCAUCACACCAUUAUUGUCACUUCUCAUAAGAGCAUUCUCUUGUUUACAGUAAUGUACAUCACCUAGUUUCAACAUUAAGCUACAACUGCUGAUUUCAGGGUCACACUUGCCAGCGCUACUUGUGCCUUACUUUACAAAACUAAAACAUUACAGGAGAUAAAAUUUUACUGUAAGGCAAAUGCAGUAAGUUAUUAUACAAAAAAAUCAUAUUUCCUAAGCUUCUGUAGGGCCUAAACAUUGUUAGCAGUUUACCUUCAGCCCAUCCUCCUAAGCAAACAUUUUUUUUUAAUUUUACUUUGGCUCCAGAUCAUCUGUAAAGUGACUGAUGCUAAAAUUUUUAAGUGGGUUCUUUAUAUCAUGCUUAUCUGGUCCUCUCAGUGGCUCCUCAUUUUCUGUUAUGCUUAUAUGAAUUAUUGCGUUUAUUGGCAUUUCCUUGUAACUGAUUGAUAUUAACCUUACCUAUAGAACGUAGGUAGAGAAAUUGGCUUAUGUAAAUACGUAGCAAAUUUAUGUUGAUGCUAGGAGAACAGGUUAUCUGAAAGUCUUCCUCUACUCUAUAGAGAGAGCAGUACAACAUUAGUUAAUCAUAGCCUUGAGCUUCUCUUGGGGGGGGGGGGGAUAUUUCUUACAGUUCAACAGGUGCUAAGGUUUACUACAUUUUUAGCCCUUUUUUUUUUUUAUAAAUAGAGGAGUGCCAAAUAGUGAUAUUUUGGGAUUCUACAAAUUAGGAGUUGAUAAAAGAUUUGUGGGUGCCAGAAAAGUGGAUCACCUACAGUCUGACUGAUGCAUCACCAAAAACAGUGUGUGUCAGAUUUUAUUAGUAAUGAAAUGGGUAAUGAAAACUAAUUUACUGCCAAGCUUACUGUAUUCUAUAUUUAGAUAAUUUUGCUUGUGUAAAAGACAUUAUACUAAAUACAGUAGCCACUUUUAUAUGGAAUUUACCUGUAAUUCCAUUUUUAGCUGGCAGAAAAUAUACUUUUGACUUGUUGGUAGUUAAGACACUAGGUGUAGUUGUGUUGUCAAUAUGGAAGCAGCAUUUAGAAGAGAAUUUGUAAUUUGGCAACUAAGGUCACAAGGACGGUAGCACCCCAGUCAUUUUGCAUACAAGCUUGAAAAGGGUAAGAAGAAUAAGUCAGAAUAUCACGGCUGGAAUACUUCACAUCUAAAAAAAUGGUCUGGUGAUACCGACAAGAUGUGGAGAAAGACACUUAUGUACACUUCAGGACAUUUAUUCGAGGAAAUGUUUUGCCACAAGUGGCAAAAAUGUUUCCUCUAAUAAAUGUUCUGAACUGUACUUAAGUGUCUUUUUCCACACUUCACAUCGAACCCACAAAUUAGAGGUGAAGACUGGAUGACAUUGCAGUCCAUCCUGGACCAUUAAAGUUAUUCCAGAUCUCAAUAAUGGUCUAGGACAUACCAAAAUGUAUUUAAUUUCAUUUCUGAUUUGGAGAAAGGUAAUUUUUUGGCAACAUGAAGAGAAAUGAAGUCAUUACUUCAUGUACCUCUAGCCAAGCUGGUCCGAUUAUUAAUGAUAUACUGUAUUCUCAAAUAAGCGCUAAGCCUGUCUAGGUCAUUCAGCGCUACAUAGGCUGGUCAGAAUUUUUUUUUUUUUUUUGUAUAUUCACAACUUGUGCAACAAAUCUUAAAACUUUCACUAUUAAAUGAUGAAUGUUAGUUUUAUUCAUCUGGACAUUAGUGGUACUUUGACACUUGCUUCCCUUAAGGUGAAGUCUAUGGUCAUACAGAAUUCAUGUAUGAUAAUUUUGCUUGCAGUUCUGUAUUAAAGUUCAGCAGAUUUCACAUAUUAAAAGUUAUGUUAAUUGCAUAUGGUAUAUCAAAGCUAAUGCUGACCUCCCAGCCUUUUAUGUAAAAUAGCUUUCUUAAGCUUUACUCAGGAUAUCUUGUAGGCCUACUGUCAUUGCUUUAUACCAGUAUGAUAAACUCCUGGUGAAUGUGUCACAAGCCUCAUGUUGCUAAUGGCAUAUUCACUAUACCGAUUCCUCAACAAUACUCAGGUGUCACGUCUCGCUGUGAAUCACAAAUCAUUCAUUCUUGCCCAAACAAGUCCACCUUCUUCUCAUGUACUCAGUGGAUCUUAGACUCUUAGCAUGUAGUUAGUCUGUGAGUAGAGUGUACCCGUCGUGGUGCCUCAAGCUCGUGUUAGUUGUGUUUAACACACUGUAAAUGAAUAACAAAUGUUUUGUAAGUGACUAGGACAGGUGUGUGUUGUAGCAUGACUAUGUGACAAGUGAUGUUAGUAGUGACCAAUGAAAACACAAAUAUGGACAAGUGCCUCAAUUUCAGUGGCUUAAGUGGAAAUAUCUAUGUAAUAGAACACUGCCAGCACCUUGUAAGGUGUGCCAGAUGGUAUAAGGUGCAUGUUAGGCAACUGAGGACCAACAGACCAUCUGACAAAUAUACCAUUGACCUGAAUGACAGUGACAAAAGACCAGUACCUGAGUUGACCUGUAGCUCAAUGGUAAAGUACUUGGCUCAACCAAAAGGACCCAGGUUCAGUUCGUAAAAAAAGGCAACAUGUAUGGGAAUGUUUCCCAGUACCUGUUACCCAUGCUCAGCCAACAGUACUUAUGAGGUAGCUGUUGAGAGACUCCUUUGAGGACCUAAAAGGACUCCAAUGGAAAUAAGCCAAACUGCUCGACUUUCUUGGGAUAUUAGGGUUAUUAAUUUUCCAAUGUUAUUAAUCCUAAGACAGUCUUCUUUGAGUGCAGUUCAUAUACCUGAGGCAAGUGUUGGGUACUAAGGUAACACUGAAGACUACUAACUAGACAGACAUAAUCAGUGCCAGAGUGACAGCCAAGCCUAAUGCUUGAGCCAAUUACUGAAGGUCUGAUUUAUUGACUAGCAAGAUUAGCAUCACCGUGACUGCUGAUCAUUGCAAAUGCUAAAUAGGUGACUUUAGAGGCCAGUGAUUUAAUGGCCAGUACUUAAAUUGUCUUAACUGAUUAAUGUGGAAAUUAUACAGGAGAGGAAACUAUAAGAGUAAAUGUCACAAAAUAGUACCAUGGCUGGAACAAUUGACAACUGAUCCAAAAAUUGGAGAUAAAACUAGACAAUAUUUCUAUCUGUCCAGUACCAUAAAUUCAACUUGUUAAUUGCGCAAGCAAACGUUAAAUCUAGCUUUCUGGCAGUGACGAUCUCUCGACUUUCUACCCAGGCGUUAUAUAACCUUUACGGGUUUAGUGCUCCACUUAAUAUAAUAGUCCAAGAUGGCCUAAACUUUGUCUAGUUUCAUCUCCAGUGUUGGCUUGAUGUGAACCGGGAAGAAAAGUGUUGUGAUAACGUUUCUGCCCCUUCCUGAAAGGCAGCCAGGUCGUGCUCACACUCAUUAUGUAACGUCCAAGACAUUGUCAAUAUUUUAUAUAAAUGUGCAACUUUGACUUUUUCUCACCAGUCAGAGUAAAGAUAUGUAUAUUUACUUAUAAAAUAAAGAGCCCCAAGUGCCAA